AUGGCGGGGCUGUAUGUGCUGACGCUCGACGUCGUGGCGUUCAUUGGCUUUCUGUGCGCUUUGCUGAGCGUCCUGCUGCCGCUUCUGGUCUCUGUGCUGCGCUUGUUGCUGGUGGAUGUGCCUCAGGGGUGGCGGAAUUGGCUACUGCAUCGUGCUCAACAGCGUGAGCUGCAGCGGCUUCAGUCUCGCGUCGACGCUUUGAUUGUAAAAAAGCAAAUGCAGGAGCAGCAGACUCGACGGCGUUUACGAGCUCCAAGUGCUGAGAAGAGACGGAUGGAUUAG